CUAAAAAAUAAAAUGGGUCUGUGGAAUGGCAGGUAUGAGAAAAAAAUCACAAUGUGAUUUUGUCUCUGUCAAGAGCAGUUUGUUUAUUCUGAAGCUUCAGCACACCUGAUGGCGCGACAUUGUUUUGCUUUCCUAAACCCCCAAAAGGAGCCUCCCGACUCAUUUAACAGCCUUUCCCAUGUCCUCAGGACAGACGCUUUCUGAAGAUAUUCUGCGUGAUUUAUCAGUGAUUUCAUGUUUGAAUAAGUGUUUUUUGUAUCAUUGCUUCUCCAGCAUUGUGAGCCCACAGACAGGCACAGCCAGCUUCUUUGGAAGCCCCUUCCUGAGCUGCUGAAGCUUUUGAGCAGGCAAUCUAAACUAGAUUAAUCUCCAACCUGCCCAGAUUUCAGGAUGUGAGUGUGAGUCUGUGUCUGGGUACAUUAGUGUGAGUGUGUGUGUGUGAGCUCACAGUUUUCUUGGCUUUCUCGGUAGCUGAAGAGAAAAACGCUUCAACAGAUCAGGUUCUCUCCAGCUGUAAAAAUAGGAAAAUGGAAGGAAAAUAUGAUUCAUUUGGAGGAAGACGGGAUUAUGGAGGGGUUCAGAGGCUACUGCAGCUAGGAUAGAGGAAUGCAAAGAUAUCACCGCAACCUGCCAGCGGGGUUUUAAUUCUGGGGGUCUGUUUCCACGUCUGUUUGCUGAAAAAAUGCAGUAGCAAUGAUGUCAUCUUCUAAGGGAAAAAGGGAUUCUUCAGGGAAGAUGAGAAGAAAAGCAACAAUGAUGUCUGUGAAGGGAUGAUAGAGGUGAGAGCACCUGAGCCUCAACGUGUCAAGAGUUUCCAAGGCCGUGGAUAAGGAGCAAAGUGCAAUGCCUCUGCAGGCUCCACGUAAGGGCUAUACUCAGCAGUGCUAAGGACACAUCUGACACCUGGGCCUCUUGCUGGAUAUCAUGACGGGAGACACUCGGCAUGUUUACUCCAUUAAAGAGUCUGAAAGUAAAUCCAAGCAGCAGGAUGAGGAGGUUUUGUUUGAGCAGUUCAGUGAAAAAGAGUCAGGAGACUUCAAAAGCAGCCUGCCCGAGAACACAGCUACCCUGGAGUCCAAGGCUGUUAAUGGGGCCAAGUUCUGUGUAAAGGAAAAGGACUCCUAUACACAGAGAGAGGCUGUGAUCAGGCCUCAGCAAGCCGGGAAGAUUGAUUUCAAGUCUCUCCAGAACAGGCCCAAGUUUUCCAGUGACAGGACAUGGCCAAGCAGCAAAGGCAGUCCCCAGUCCCCCAGUGGAAAAAGCAGAACCAGAGACAAAAACAAAAAGUCUGGGAAGGGAGACCGGAACCCACAACAGCUUUACAGACUGAGCAUGACCAGUUCUAGGACUAACCCCACCAUUGGGAUUGCCUACCCACAACAAAAAUUGACACCGCCCAAAAAGCUUGAAACUAGCAGGGGUCCAAUAACGGGCAGUUAUCGCUUUCAUGUUCCCAGCAUACCCGAGCGAGAAGCAGAGCUCCAGCAAGAAGACCUUAACUACAGCAGAUGUUUCCAGGAGGCUUCCUCUAACCUUACCUCCGUGAACUAUACCUCACAAGCUGCUGGUGCUGCUGCUCACCAACAGCCAGCCACUCAGCAGCAAUCCGCUGUCCCCCGGGAAAACAACAAUACAGAGAGUGCCCAACUGCAUUACCCAGAAUUCCAAGGCAAUGGAACAAGUUCUUGGCAUUCUCCAGAAAAGACAUUCAAUGGUGCUAACUAUGGAGUUUCUUCGCAGAAAACGACUCUUUUUACAGAAGGAGGCAAAGCAAAUACUAGCUUUGGACCUAUGUCAUAUCAGUAUGGAUUUCAGUCAUUGCAAGAUUCUGUUACUGACCCCUUUCCAAAUGAUCAAAAUAGCCAUCCCCAAGACUACAUGGAUGUUUCCCUGGCAAAUAACCAAGUGGGACACAGGGCUUUUCCAUUCCAUUCUUCAGGGGAUGGACAGGAGGAAACAUUAAGCAAUGGCCAGUUUGAUAAUCCCCAGCCAGAUGGAAGGUCUUACCCACAGCCUUCCCAACAAACACAAUAUUUGCAGUCUUCCCAUGGAGCACAGUCAUCUUUGUCUUGCUACAAAGGAAGAACUGAGCACUCUGCAGACAGUGAUGGUGCUGUUUCAAGCUCACACUCCAUAGACCAAAACCAGAACACCUUCCCAGAAACUCAAGCCAUUUUCAAGCAAGAAGAAAUCGGUUUGCAUAACAGUGGCAUCCCUACUGCUUCAAUAAGUAAAAGAAGCUCUACUCCAAAAGACAGUGUUCCCACUCAGAGGGUACUGACUCAAGGAAGUUCCCUUACAAGAAAUAUUGUACAAGGUUCGGUAUCCCAAAUGCACUUUCAGGGCAAAGCUUAUGGAAGUUCUCCAGUUAACACCGUCCUUACUGGAACGGUGCCAUUUGAUAAAAACAUCCCAAGUACAAUAAAAAGUCAUGUCAGGAUUUCACAGACCUGGGAAGGGGCAAACAAACCAUUUCUUUCCCCAGACCAGAAUUCUGCACCUUACUCCACUUCAGCUGAAAAGCAGUAUUCGUUUCAGUGCCAGCCAGCUGUUGAACCAAGGCAACACACACCCAAAACUGGCAGGUUGCCUUGGCAGCAGAUACAUCUCACAUCUGCCAUGCCAAACCAAAACAGGAUAGAGCUAUCCAGACAACUGAGCAACCAAAAACUGGGUUUCCCAAUAUCUACUUCUGAGUGGCAAGAUAGUAACAAACCACAUAAAAAUGCACCUUUAAAUGGUCCCAGUGGCUUCCAUGGCAAAAGAAAAAAUGAAGGUUUCACCCGGCAAGAAAGCAUCAAGCCAACUUGCAGUCCUGCAUCCACAUUUUCCUUUGAAAAUGGAGUUGAUACUAGUGCUCAAGUCUGUGACUCCAGGAAUAAAGCAAUGUUUUAUGGAUUGAACCAGCCUGUGCCCAGUGCUCCUCCUAGGAAUAACAAUCGCACACCUUUGCAGGUGGCACCAGUUGGUUUGAUAUCAGCUUCUCCAUACGAAUCCCCAUUGCCUUCACCCCUACAAAACCCUGCUUCAAGCAGCACAUGCUCUUCUCUUUCUCCUGUGUCAACAAGCCCAGUCAAUGUCAGCUCUGAAGACAGUCAGCUACCCAUGGCAGGCCCGCCCCCUCCUUUUUAUUCCCAGCACUGCCAUCUCAAAGAUGGAAAGACACUUCAGUCCUCAGAUCAGCUGAAUUCCAACAUUAACCAUCUCCAUACUGACACCUCCAGAAACUUCCCUUUCCCUCCAGAAAGAACCAAAGAAGACGUAUACAGCUACCUACACGAUACCAAAUUCCCAAAGCCAAACAUAGACAAUGGAAAGGGUUGUAUGAAUGGCUUUGGUGUUGACCAUCCACCUCCUCCUUACUCAGCUCAUCAGUUGUUAGCCAACUCAUUAGCCACUGCCAACCUAGACCAGCUUGAUGUUCUUCUCACCUGCAAACAGUGUGAUCAAAACUUCAACAAUCUAGCAUCGUUCUUGGAGCACAAACAAUACUGCAGUCAAAACUCGGUCACUCAAAGUGAUUUUAAAGAUGUAUCAAAAAUAGAGGAGAGCAGGAAGCUUCAAAUAGACCCAGUAAAGCCUAUCCCAAAUCAACAGACUUUCCCUUUAUCAAGGUGUUCAUCAGAUCUGCAUCUCUCUCUCCUAGGACUGAACAAGAAUGGUGAAUUACUAUCAGACAGUGAUAUGAAAGGAGACGCAAGGGAUGAUCCUUUAAAGAUGAACUUAUUAAAUGGGAUUCCUAUUUCCCUUACUUCUUCAGAUUUAGAAAUUGAUGAUGCUAAACUCGACAGCCUUAUCACAGAAGCUUUAAAUGGCCUUGGCUAUCAAUCUGACAAUGCAGAAAUUGACAGCAGCUUCAUUGAUGCAUUUACUGAUGAUGACAUUUCAACUGUAAAGGUGACAGGAAGCAGUCAGAGCCUAAAAACGAAAGACUCUGCAUUGUUUGAAAGUAAAAGCAAGCAUGUGGCUGCUUCAGAGGAGAGGUCACAAUCGCAGGUAAAAUAUAUGUAUGACUUUGACAGGGAAAACCUGAGCACUGAAAAUAAAAGCAUGACAAAUGACCCUGAAAAGAAACCGGAGGACUUGAAAGUGGAAGAAAAAGCUAACUUUAAGGAGCUGUCUCAUAAAAAAACAAAGGGGUACUCCUUCUUCGAAAAGUCCUCAGAACAAAAUGAGACGAUGAAAAUAGGAAGAAAGCCAAUAAGCAACCAUUCCCAAGAAAGCAGGAAAGAACCUGACAUUCUCUUGUCCAAAAAGUUCUCAGAGAGAAGUGGGCUCAAAAGCUACCAGGAAAACUCCCCUUUAUUAAGACCUGCACUUCCUGAUGACUCACCUGGUACGAGAAGCACAAUAACACAGAGAUUUGGAGCAAAGGAAAGUAAAAAAAGAAAGUCAGGGGGUGGGACAUGGAGCAAGGAGCUUAUUCACAAAAUUGUUCAGCAAAAGAACAAGCUACAUAAGCUGCAUGUGAAAGGAACCAAGAAUCUGCAGUUUUCCCUUGUAAUGGAAAGGGCUGCUCCUGCACCACAGAAUGCAAAAUUCGGGGAAUAUGACUAUGUGUCAGAUUCAGAUGAUGAGUCUGAACCUCUACGGAUAUCCAACCGGGGUCGUCUUGCACCAGGACUUGGCGGCAGAUCCAAGUACAGCUAUACAAAAGAUUACAAAGGAAGAGGAAGAGGUGGCAAAGACAAACCAUCUCAGUGGAAAUACAAUCCGAAGGAAAGUCUAGAGAGCAAAAUCACCGAGCCCAUUUCUCCUCCACCGCUCAAAGACACUGCCAGUAGGAGAGUAAGGCGGAGAAGCAGCAGGUCCUCAACAAGUAGUGAUCUAAGCACACCUGCGAGUAUUUCAAGCGAAAGCAUGAAUAGUCCGAAGAGCACUGACCGCACAGAUUCUGACAAUGAAAAGGGUGUUUUAGAAAAGAGAACAAACAAAACUGACAUUACCCUUUCUGAUUCAUUUGAGCAGGAAUCGUACAAACAAUCACUAUCAGAAACGCCCAAAGAAACCUGCAUAGCCCCAUCACAGUUUUCAAAAAACACAAAGAGAUAUGGCUCUGCUAAAUUUCUCCUUUCUGCCAAUAUGUGGUGCUCACAAAAAUCUAAGUAUCUCCAUUCCAGCAACACAAGUGGAAAAGGUUCAUCAGAACCCACACCUGAUUCAUACAGCAUCGAAAAAGACAUGGGAAAAAAGGCCUCGCCUUUAAACAGCAAGGAAACGUUGAAUUAUGGUGUGACAGAUAUUUUAGAAAAACCUAAGGUAAAAGACAAUACAGAAAACUUUAAUACUGGUAGAAAGGAAAGCUCAUCUUUUAAAAGGAAUCUAACUCACUUCCAGACAGAGACAAAUGCCAAGUCAUCUCGCAUUUGUGAUACAACACCUGAUGCUAUCAAUGAAAAUAGAGAUUGUAGUAAAAACACAAAGGAUAAUGCACAGGACAGGGACAAAUCAGACUAUGAAAGCAGAAGCACAAGAGUGCAACAUUCAAGUGCAGUUUUACUGCCUGGGGAAGGCCUUGCUAUUUCGCCAUUUGAGAGGAUAAAUGAAAACGUCUUUCGUGACAAAGACAUGAUGAAUACUUUUAAUUGUGAUGUGUUCACCAAAUCAGCGCCACUUGCCACUGUACCUCCUGAUGACAUUUGUUUGUGUCCAGCUGACCUUCAUGAUGUUUCAGGACAGAAAGAUGCUCCCAAGCAGGGCAGUGUCUCUUACCCCAUUGAAACUGACCAAACCCUGAUGAAAUCACCACUCACCUUUGACACUUCAUCAAUGUUUGGAGAUCUUGCUGUUCCUGCUUUUGACAACACUCUAUAUACAGAUGUUCCUAUGAGCAAAGAUAGUUUUAAUUCUUUCAUGCCCAAUCAUGACAAAAGAGAACUCUUUGAGUCAUCAUUCCCCCAAUAUUUAGGGCAGAAAGACUGGAAUCUGAUGACCGGUAUAUUGCCUGAUGACAUCAGUCAAUAUCAAGAUCUCUCUGACAAGGCCAUUAAUAAGAAAUUUAAUUCAUGUCACGUUCCUUUGGCUUUGCCAGAGAAAAUAACUGACUAUAGCACUAACUUCAUAAAUAAUAAUGCUGAAGAUGAGUUAGAAAUCAAAAGGAUUGUUACAGAACUGGAAAGCCAGCUGCAGACAACCGAAUUAAACAGUGCUACUUCACUUUCCAAUGAAAUCUCUAAAAGACUAACCUCUGACAAAUUUUCACCUUUGCUUCUGGACCACAGAACUGAGAAUGAACAAAACAUGUCUAUGAGUGCCACAGUUGAGAAUACAGAAUUGGCAGCGACUGGUGUUGCAACAGAUCCAAGUUUAGAAGAGCACUAUGAUGAUCAAGAACAUUCAUGGUCAGGUGCCUUCCAAUUUGAGUCGCUGGAAGGGCAGCAGUGCCUUCAUACACCAGUACAUGCUGAACCAAGUUCCCCUGAACCCUUCUACAACAAAGAAGAUGCUGAAAGCCUCCAGACAGAUGCAGGAAAAGCAGCACAACACUUAGAAAACAGUGAAACAGCAACCACAUCCACUGCAAAGGGUCCUCUGUUAGACAAAUCUGAAGAAUUGUUGGAAAAUCAAAUGUAUGCUGAAAAUCUUAUGAAAAGUCUGGAGGUGAUUUCAGAUUCCAUCUUUAACAAAGGUUCCUUAUCAGAUGUACUUAAAGAACCAGUGUCCCCCUUUCUGACUAAAGCUGCUGAAAGUGAGAGUGGUGCUUUUCAACAAAAGCAAAAUGAAAAAGAAACACUUUCUCAAACCAAACCUGCAGAAAGAAAAGCAAAGAAUCAAAACUCUGAAAAGCAUGAAGCACUUCUUUUUCCAUUCGAGCAUGCUGAUUGUUCAUCUGAUAUAGAUGCAGCACAGUCUCCCCAAUCAAAAGCAUUUAAUUCAAAAAGCCCGAGUGCAGAAUCAGAUGGAGACGUGUGUAAGGAUAUACCAGUCGGUGAUGAUAAAACCAAACCCAUUGAAAGCCAUGCAAAAGAGACAGUUCAUGAUGCAGACUCAGAAGCAGCACAGCCACAAAUUAAUGAUGAAAAACAAAUCAGUGAAGAAAGGACCAAAAAUAAUGCAGCUCUUGAGACCGAGACGUUUGAAAAUGACACGAUGGAGAAAGAAAGUACUGCCAUUUCAGAAGGCUCUUCAGUGAACCCUUUACAACAGCUACAGCUUUUUGUAGCUCGCACUGUCAAACACAACGAGGAAGAAAUGGUCAUGCCUUCAUACCCUAUGAUCCUGUCUGGUAGUCAAGUUUCCAUUGCCUGUGAGCAAACAGAAGUGAGAGAAGAGUUCAAACUCAAUCCAGAAACGAGUCACUUACCAGAGGACAUGCCUAAAGACAUAGAAAGUACAGAUGUCAGCAAUUAUUUAGGUGAAAAUGGUGUAGAGAGAGAAAGUGAAGGUGCUGUUGGAGAAAUUGUUACAGUUUCACCCAAUCCACAGGAACCUGAUCUUGAUGGCAAAACCCAAGUAACAUCCAUUAAUCAUGAUGUGCACAAAGCUGCAGCAUCAAGAUGCAUGACACCAGAAACUGCUAAUGACGAUGCAGUCAUCACUGCAACAGUACAGAGUGACCCAUUAACACCCUCUAGCAUAUCAACACACACCCUCCCAGAGUCAUAUUAUAAAGCAAAUGAGCCUUUAGUGGAAGACGAGGCCACAGGGUCUGAACAGAAUGACAUGAAAGUUGCAAAUUAUGAUGUAAUAGAAAGCGCAGGAUGUGACACGACUGCAGCUAGCCUCAAACCUGAAACAACAACUGAACUUUUCGAGUGCAACCACAUAUCCGAACAACAUGGAGAAUCCAGCCUCAUUGAGCUCACUUUGAAGCUCCCAUGUGUAGAAGAUGAGAGAAAGGGGAAAGAGGACAGUGAUAUCCAUAAAGCCAUUUCUCAAAGCAGAAUUUCUCCAUGUAAGUCCCUGUUACCACCUGGUGAACACAAUAAUAUGUUUGACCAGUGUGAUUCCCAAAAGAUAUGGAAUGCUUUUGAUAGACUUUCCCCAAUUUCCAUGGAAAAUGGACGGUCACCAAGGAAAGAAAAUGAUAAUGUAUUAAAUACAAACAAUAUACAGUUUUGUGACUCCAAUGCAAUCACUUCACCAGAGGUGCCAUGUUUAGUUGGACUUGCAGACAUUCACAUGGACAUCUCUGAAAAGAAAUGCCUUGAGUCUGAACAAGGGAUUCAGUCUGAUCCACCCUUGGUUAGCACACUUGAACCAUCAGAUUCCCUGAUGAGAUCACAAGAGACUUUCAAGGAAACUCACACAAUUGCUGAAGUCACAAACAGGCAAGGGCUGGACUCCCUCUAUGAGUUAAAACAAAGCCCCUUAAAUUACAAAGAAAUAACAAACUUAUCCAGCAGCCUCAAUGAAUAUCAUAAUGUAACAGAAACCUUAAAUGAGUGCAAAGACAAUCAAGCUCUCUACAAGAAAAGUCCAAAAGACAACUGUGAUGUAAGCUUUCCUGUGCCUUUAACAUGCAAAACACCAAUCAGCCCUGUUCACAACAGUGUCUCUUCAGAGUCAUCAGAAAAUCAAAACGUUCAAAUCAGUCUUUGUUCACCAUCAACAUCUUUGCAAAAUAUUGGUAUGGACAGUUCAAAGUGUCUCUGCCCUGAAUUGCUAUGCACUCACUGCAAAGACAACAACAGCACUUCAAUCACUGACACAAUGCUAAACUUCCAGCCAGUGCCACAUGAUAUUCAGGACUUGGAUAUUUGCCACUCUCCUCUUGAAACCAUAGAUUAUAUGGACUUACAUACAGGUCUCCUGAAGAAAGCAGAUAAAAUAGAACUGAAACAUGCAUCCUCUAAUGAAAAAGCAACAGAUUGUCUCAACCAGGAAUCUUCAGAAACUCUAAGGUCUUUACCAGUUUUUGUGGAGAAUGUUUCAGAGGUUGAUACAACACUGCCAGAUCCAUUUAAGAUGAGAGAGGUAAAAAGCAAGCAAAAUAAAAUUGAGGCAAAGAAUGUUGCUGAUGUGAAUGAUGUUAAGAAUGAAAAUGCUAAAAGGAAUUCCUUACAAGGUACAAUCCUGUGCGAUAUAUGUUCUGCAUGCUUCCGGACAGUUCCUGGAUUAAAAAGACACAAGGCGAUGAAACAUGCAGCAAAAAGGGAUGGGAAUAUCCUUGUGGAAAAGAACUGGGAAAACACAAUGACAUGUAGGAAACAAGAAGCAUUUAUGAGAGAAAACAGUUUUGUGAGUGCAAACAGCUCACCAAAUGACCAAGGAAGAGGAGACACUCAUAUUCAGUUGCAUUCCUUAGAAAAGGAACAGAAUGAAACUACUUUGCUUGUGAAUCAAAAAGUCUUUUUGCACCCUGACAAUUGUAAAAUACUACCCACCAAAACAAAUUUUUCUCCUUUCAUAGUUCAUCAGGAAGAAAUAAACUUAAUACAAGGAGGAGAAACUGUAGGCUCAGAGGAAAAAAAUAAGGAAAAAGUUCUGGGGAGUAGAGGAAAGCAAAAAAUGUUAAGUUCACUCAUGAAGACUAAAAGAGCUGGCAAAGCUCCGAAAGGCAAAAAGGUUGACAAUAACGGGAGCUAUUUUGAAUCUAAGCUUGGAAUGGCUGACCAUUUUUCAGAAGAUAUAUUAAGUAUGCUUAAAACUGACAUUUUACAAGCUAUAACUCCCAAUUUUCCAAGUAUUGCCGGAGAAUCAAACAGAACUGAUGCGCUUUCGGUGCAACCAGAGGAACUAGCCCAACCCAAGGUUAAUGGAAGCCAAGAAACACAAGAAAAUGAUAUCUUCUCAUUCAAAUUAGCCAACAAUACAACACAGACAGACAAAACUGGCCUGCAUGAACCGGCUGUUCAGAUUUGUCAAAAUGGAGUGCAUACACCAGAUGAGAAAGGAGUGCAGCUGCCAGAAAUCAGUGGUAAUAGACUUGAAGGUGACAGAAUGUGUGGGCUGUUCGAAUGCACAAAAGAGGAUUUUGAUGACGUGAAAGAACUAAGUAAACGGAAAGUGAUGUGUCCUGAAAGUAUUUGCACAGAAAUGCUAGGAGAGCCAGUUGAGACGAAAUGUGCAAAGACUUCCUGUCCCACAGAGUGGGGGGAUCCACCUCCUUAUCCUUUUAAAACACCCUCCGCAAACAUCUCUGAGUCACCGUCAGACCUCCAGGCUUUGCUUGAUGACGAAAGCACAUUCUCCCAGCUGUUUCCCAGAGAUGAACAGAUGAUUCGGAAAAAGUGCACAAGGGUGUAUGGAAAAAGAAAUAAAAAGCCAAAUGUAACCCCUGAUACAUCCUUAACAGAAACAUGCUCUGUUACCGUCAUGUCAGUGGAUAACAAAGAGCCUUCUGAGGGGCAUGAAAACCAAGUGUUCAUGAGUAAACUGAGGGACCAUUGUGAGUAUGAGACAAUAUCAAUUGAUGAUGCUAUAAUGCUGGACAUGUGUCAUAAACGCACUUUAAAGGGUGUCACCAUUUCUGGAUUUGACGAUGUAAUCCAUGCAGCAGAUGUUGAAACAGGCCCUCAGAGAAAAGACCCUGAAGUUAAUGGAGGGCUACAUUCAAUUGCAAAAAUACCAGCAAAAUGGAAUGGUUCCAAAGACCUAUUAACUGAUAUUGUUGCAGAAACUGUGUUAUCCUUAGAGACAUCAACACCUUGCAAAAAAGAAGAUCCAGCCACAUCCUGCCUUCAAAAAGUGUCGGAUCCUUUAGUUUCUCAAGCUGAUAUGACAAACCAUCAUGAGAACCCCUGUCAUUUUCACGACAUAGAUAUCCCAACUAUGAACACUAAAUUUCAGCUCCCUGACAUCCAGUUCUUUGAGCCUGGGAAACAGAGCCCCAUAAAUGCCACCACUGUCAAUAAUGAUAUUGCAGUUGGUCAACGUGCAAAGCCUAGCAAAAGACCACUGGAACGCAAAGUAAGAAAAUGCAACGAGGCUGGAAAGAAACCAAAAGACAAGCAGUAUAAAUGCAAGGUUUGCUUCACUUGGUUUCUCACCCUCGGUGAGCUCAAUUUUCACAAACUGUCUCAUAACCCUUCCCCUCCUCCAACCUGCUACAUGUGUGUACAGCGCAAGUUUAGCUCGAGAGAGCAACUGCGAGAUCACUUGAAAGAAAAGCAUGCAAAGAACAAAGCAGGGAUAUGGACCUGUGGAAUGUGUCUGAAGGAGAUUUCAGAUGUCUGGAUGUACAACGAGCACCUGAGAGAACACGCAACCCAAUUUGCUCGAAAGGGCCAAGCCCAGAAUUCUGUGCUGGGAUUGCCUGGCUGCUUCAUACAGGAAACAGCAGUGAAAAACUUUCUAAGUUCCAUCAUGCAGCGCAGGCCAAGCAAGCCUAAUAAAAAUGAGGGAAGUAAGAUGUCUGCUAAAGAAGGGAAGAUCACAAAAGACAGCCCUGAGCAGGACAUGAAAGUCAAAGAGGAAAAUGAAACUGUGGUCAAAAUUAAGCUGAACUCUGGUGGGGGUGAAAAACAAAGCAUACAGACUCCACCAGAUGUCCUGCAAAAAACAGAACCAGCCCAGAAGAGCAUCACAAUGCAUCCAGAUUGCAAAGAUCCUUCCAGAGAUUGUCAUCAUUGUGGGAAACAGUUCCCCAAGCCCUUCAAACUUCAGCGGCAUUUGGUAGUCCACAGCCUACAAAAAAUGUAUCUGUGCCACAAGUGCCCAGUGUUCUUUCAGGAAUUAAAAGAUAUUAAAACCCACCUGAAGGAAGAGCACAGGGUGAUUGAGGAACCAGACGUCAAGCACACCACACUUUAUGCAUGUGAGCUAUGUGCUGAUGUCAUGCAUGUUAUUAAGAAGUCCUUCAUUUGUAGCACUUGUAAUUACACAUUCUCGAAGAAAGAGCAAUAUGACCGCCACAUGGAAAAGCAUCUUGCAGGUGGUAGCAAGACAUUUAAAUUCAGGGGAGUGAUGAGACCUUGCAAACCCUCACAAGGUGGGGACUUUGAGCUGCAGGGUUCUUUCAAAAGGGAUUACAUGCCUCCUAAUAAAAAGAGAAAGAUUUCUCCUGAGAGUGUGAACGAGAAAAGCUCUGACAGUGGCAUUGCAAGUGUAGCUUCCCUACACUUUAGCCCCAUUGGAGAAACUGAUCCCUCAAAACAGACACUGACUGUGACACCAGAUUUCUUCACUGAGACCACUAAUCCUUCCCCCAGCCUGCAGGAUAUGAGUGUAAAAACUGAAGAAGAGGAAUUUUCAGAUCUUUUAGCUAAGAUGGAGCACUCACAAUUUAACAUGGUUGCAGAAUCCCCUUGUCGUUCCUGUGCUAUACCAGACAUUAAGACCAGCAACUCUCCUUCAUCUGAGCUUCCUGUAACAGAAAAAGCAAAGGAAGUUUGUGAAGGGGGUUCUAAGCCAUUAACAGAAACCAGUGACGUGAAAGAAGAUGGUGAUCCAUCUCUUCAUCAACAUGAAAAGCAGUAUAACUCACCAUCAGGUGAUAAAGUUACUGUGGAAGAAGAGGUUAGCAGAAGCAGUUUCAGAACUGAAUCAGUAACUGCAAAUGUGACCCAAAGUGACCAAGAAGUUUCUCAGAGUCCCCAGAAAGCUUUGCAGGAGAUAAUUGAAUCACCUGAGGCAUAUAAAAGUAUUUCAGAAACCGUUAACCUUCAGAGCGAGGACAGUAUUAAUCAGGACCUAACAGAAAGUUUAGAAUCUCAGAAUGCCUCAAAACAAGAAUGUGCAACAGACAUGAAAAUGAAAGCUGUGGAUGUCAUAUCUUACCAAACAAGAGAGGAACAUAAGCAGCCUUCCGGUUGUCCAGAGCGAAAUGAAAAGGAGCAAAGCGAUUCAAAGGAGGGCGGCAGCAGCAGCGAGAUUCAAACCUGCGGCCAGACCAAGGAGAGAGUCUCGUCCAAGUCGAGCGAUGAUGUCAGACUCGCCGAUGACGGUCUCAAGCGUUCUGUGGGGUCGCCAGGAGCAAGCGAACCUGUGCCAAACCAGGUGAAGCCAAACACCUCGGGGGGGGGCAAAAGUGAAGAAAGGGAUUCUACACAAGUGUCUUUGAAACUUCAGAAAAAAAGAAAAGAAGUCAAGGCUUCUCCAAACGCAAAAGUUUCUUCCUCCUCACGAGAAAAUCUGGAUUCAGAGAUGAGAAAGAAGAAAAUCAGAGUUCAGAGCCCUGGAAAGACUGAAAGCACAGGGAGCUAUAAGAAAGCUGACAUUAUUAACGAGUACCCGGUUCUUUCGUCUCUGAGAGAUGACAUGUCCAGCAACAAAACCCACUUAAAACCUAAGGCUGGGGGGAUUAAUGUACAACCAAAGAGGAACUUUGACAGCUAUACCCCAAAGAAAGCAGAUGUGCGCCAUUUGAAUGGGGAUUUCAAAGGGAAAAGAGGGCUUCUUGGGAGACCUUUGCAUUCUUCUUCAGCAAAAGGAUCUGUUCCUUUAGUGAAUAGUGCCAUGAACAAGUUCAGACCUGUCUCGGGAGUGAGAUCUGUUGACUCUCAUAACUACAGGACAGCAGAGUCGCAGAACCAUCUCCUGAGUCAAUUAUUUGGCCAAAAAUUAACCAGCUUUAAGAUUCCUUUAAGGAAAGACACUUCGGAGUAAUUUAAUAAGUUUGACUUUAAGGGGAUGCUAUGAAAAAAAGAAAUCGCAAAAAAGGAAAAAAUCAAAGCAUUAGACUCGACAGAAUUAUUUCUGUUUCUCGUGUAAAUGAGAUUGCAUGGCUGCCUCUGUGAAAUAUUUUUUUCGCUUUAUGUCUUACUAAUCUUCUUCCUUUAAUUCACCUGUUUUAUCAUGCAAAUGUGAGGACUUUGAUGUUGAGAAUUAGUUUGAUGAACUCAAAUCGUAAUCGCUUUUGGGCAGACCAGGUCGAGUGAAAUGUCUUUUUUUUUUAGAAGUACCGAGGGUUAGAUAUUACUUAACUGUGUCAUUCUCCCUUGAGACUGUCUGUUUCAUGCUCCCUCUGAGAAAAAUGAAAAAAGAAAAAAAUACUUGAAGAUGAACUGAAUUUUAAAUGCAUGUCAAUGGAGUUUCUAAAGGUUGAAAAUAUUUUAGCUGUGUUUCUCUAGAAAACAAAAUAACUGGGCCAGCUAAUCACUCUAUUCUGUACUGUCCAGAUCGCUCUGCAUUAUGUAGUUUGUUAUCUUACUGUAUUAAGAUGACAUUCAUUGUAUUAGCUUUUGUAUAAACAGUACCUGGUGCUAUUUUUCUUUGUAAUGUGAAUACAGAUUUCCUUUAACAAAGGAAACAUUUAAUCUGUAGCAAGUUACAUUUUUCAAGCAAAUUAUGCUGGUGUUCUGUAGCUUUACAGCUCUUUUGUGCUCAACAACAAAGUGUUAAACUGUAGGUUUUGAAAAGGAAAGGAAAUCACAAAAGCCUUUUUGACUUAGAAUGCAAACUCAGGUGCAAAUAAGAACAUUUCAUAUUUUACUGAUGUUUAUGAAACCCAAACUCCCCAUGUAAGGAGGUGUAUCCAUGCACUGAUACUGUCAUACAAAAACAAAGUGCUUUGUGUCUGUCCUGCAAUUUGUUUUAUUUUCUAGAUCAAAAAAGGUGCUUUAUUAUCUUGUUCAUAUGUAUCUUAUAUUGUAUUAUAAAUGUAGGUAAUUUUACUUUUGGUGCAAUGCAUAAUGUCAGAAAUUUUAUUUUAAUAUUGUGCAACAAAAAAAGAGAAAAAAUACUUAUUACAUUUUUAUGUUGUAAGUGUGCUCUUAAAGUGCCUCUUAAAAAGUUGGUUAUUAAAAAAG